AUGCCAGGUCGCUUGCAAGAUCGUGUAGCACUCAUCACAGGCUCGUCUUCUGGAAUAGGAAGAGCUACAGCCUUUGCAUAUGCACGUGAAGGCGCUAAAAUUGUCUGCUCAGACAUAACGGAGGAUACUUGGAGAGAAAACGCCCCCUCGGACGAAGCAAACGAACCCACGCACGAGCGUUUACAAAAAGAUGGAUUUCCAGCUGCAUACGUACACUGCGAUGUGACAGAUCCGAAGUCAGUGGAAGCGGCUGUGGCAGCUGCAGUGAAAGAAUAUGGGCGCUUGGAUAUUAUGGUUAACAACGCAGGAUUUGCUUUGGAGACCAGAGUGCCCAAUCCAAUAUGGGAUGCCGACCUGGAGGUAUACAAGAAGACUAUGGCCGCGAACGUCGAUGGCGUGUUCUAUGGCGUCAAGUAUGCGGCGAAGCAGAUGAUGCAGCAGGAACCAUUAGCGAACGGCGACCGAGGAUGGAUCUUGAAUGCUGCUUCAGUCUAUGGCCUGGUGGGCACACCUGCUGCACCAGCAUACUGCACAUCAAAGGGAGCAGUAUCGAACUUGACCAAGGCAGCGGCUUUGGAUUGUGCGCAGCAUAGGAUACAUGUCAAUUCGGUCAACCCUGGAUAUAUCCGAACGCAUAUGACGGAUCUGCUCUUCGCAGACAAAGACAUCACGAGCCAGUUGGAGGAAAUGCAUCCUUGGGGCCGCGUAGGCAAUCCUGAAGAUAUUGCCAAGGCAUAUGUUUUUCUGGCCAGCGAUGAUGCACAAUGGAUGACCGGAGUCAAUCUGCCUAUAGAUGGUGGUUAUCUUGCGCGAUAA